GGGACAUUUGUCACAGGCCGUGAGAGGAUGACACCCUGCAUGAGGAGCUGUCAAUCACCUCAAUCCUGAAGCAAGAAGCAAGCGACGACCUCCAGAAAAAAGUGGUCUUUCUGCCCGGAACCAAAAGUCCUCAUUAGGAAGGAUAGAAUCCUACAAUGGCGUCACAGAUCCCAGCUCUCCCACAAUCCUUCACUCCCAGCACCGACAGCGUCUUCUCUGACCAGUCCGGCUUCUUCUCCCUGGACUCUCACGUCCCGGGUCUCUCCAAGGUGAUCCUCAACAAGCUCAACCUGUCCGACUAUGGACAGUACAGGGCCGCCCUGGAGGGUCAGACCAAAGGAAUCGCCUUCCGCGACUACAGAGAGAUGUUCCAGAAGAUGGAGGAGACCUUCAAAUUCUGCACCGCCUGCAACAAACUUCCAGAACACCUGAGCGAGGGUCAGAAGCUGAAGCGUUGUGUCAAGUGUUUAAAUGUCUACUACUGCACCAAAGCCUGUCAGGUCAACAACUGGCCAGAGCAUAAAAAGGUGUGCAAGACGCUGCGUCUGGUGGCCAUUGACAGACUGGUGGAGUGGCUGAUGUUCAAUGGAGAUCUUCCACUUCCUACCGACAAGUGGUCCAAGCCUGCAGCUGAGGUCAAGACCUGGCAGGACUGGCUCCCCAUGCAAGAGGAGCACCUCACCACCCGCCUGGACGCCGUCUUGACGAGCAGCAACAUGGAGCUCCUCUGGAGAAACGCCAGCAGGCCCAGACCACAGGACCCCGACCUGCGUCAGUCCGUGUGGCGAAUCCAGAGCGAAUUCCUCUCCCGGGUCCUCACAGUGGCCGUCGCCGUGCAGCACUACCAACUAGACCCUCACUCCAGACCCCUCACCAUCCACAUAGUGGGGGCGUCACAUAACGAGACCAUGGGAGCCCGACUGAGCGACUAUGACGAGCUGAGCCACAUGUUCCCGGGACAUCAGGGCGUGGAGGUGGUCAUGGUGGGACCGGAGGUGGUGGACGGACCAAUCACGAGGCCGCCGCUCACGGCCUUCGGGCCCAAGCAGAGGGUCUACAUCAGCGCCUAUAAGGGGCUCUACCAUCACUUCUGGGAGGCGCUGGUGGAGAAGGAGGAAGCAUCCAAACCAGACCUGGUGGUCGGCUUUCAUCCUGGUUUCCAUGCCAACCAAGGUCUGGCUGAAGGUUGGCUCCCGACUCUUCUGCUGCUCAGAGACUACAACAUCCCAUCAUUCUUCACGAUGUACAGUGACAUGGAGCUGAAGUACUCGCUGCAGAUCCUGCUGGAGUUGGAGGUGCACAUUCGGCACAGCGGCGCCAAUCCGUUCACAUCUCAGAAGCCCGAACAGGUGCAGGCCUGUCCCAACAAAGCACCUGUGUACUGCAACUCUCACUACGUCGCUUUCCAGGGGCUUUUACCGCGAGAAGACUUUGAGGAGGCCAACUAAGAGAUUGUGUCACAAGGACAAUGUAUCUUCAACUUGACUGAUUUUACGGCAUUGUUUUUUUUAAUUCUGACACCAGGGGGCGCAUGUAAAGUUUUUAAAAACUCAUGUUGUAAAGUUUGAGACAAUGCAUGUGAAUUUAAUGCUCCAAAAUCAGGUCACAUGCUUACUAGCUGUUCAAGAUGUCUGAACAGGAGAUAUAAAUACAAAACCCCAAACCAGUGAAGUUGGCACGUUGUGUAAAUAAAAACAGAAUACAAUGAUUUGCAAAUCCUUUUCAACUUAUAUUCAAUUUAAUAGACUGCAAAGACAAGAUAUUUAAUGUUGGAACUGAGAAACUAAUUUAAAAAAAAAAAAAAUCAUUAACUUAGAAUUUAAUGGCAGCAACACACUGCAAAAAAG